CAAGGCUUUAUGCUUCUCAUACCAACGUAUAUUGGGAUUGGGUUUCUCGGACUUCCUUAUAUGGUCAAACUACUUGGGUUAUGGGUCGGUAGUUCUGGACUGCUUAUAUAUGGACUUUUGAACGAGUUGGGGGCUUUGGUUUUAACAGAUUGUACGUCUCGUCUCACUGAAAGAACAGGUGAGAGAUACAGUGAUAUCGGAACAGUAGCCGAGAUGAGUAUGAAGCUGGGGCCUCCCUGUUUGCAACAUUACGCUGGAAAGUUCAGGUUUUCAGUUAACUGCACGAUAUUUAUAAGCUACGGCCUAUUUUUACCCGACUUGAUUGCCACAAUGAAUCUUUUUGCUAAAGAUAUUCUACGCCAAUACGUUGACAUCAAUGACAAGCUUCUGAUUGUUGCCAUUUCGGUGCUUCUGUUGCCAGUCUACUUGACUAGAAGAAUGAAACUAAUGUCCUAUUUAGCAACAGCCGGGAAUAUUAUUCUUUUUGUGAUAAUUAUAAUAUCCUUCCAACACAUCUGUCGAGACCUUCCGGAUACUAGCAGUAGAUCAUCUUAUACGUUCAUCGAUUUUUUAACAAUUACAUCGUUCACAAAUGACGUGAUGUUUUCAUAUGACGGGAUAGCUAUGGUUCUGCCAAUACGAAACAGAAUGAAGAGUAUGAAGAACUUUGACGGCUGGAAUGGUAUUCUAGGACUUGCUCUUGUCUUUGUUAUCAGCUUUCAUGUUGGCUGUGGAUUUUAUGGAUACCUGAAAUUUGGCGAACUAACACAAGUUACUUAUAUAUUGAACCUAACAGAGAAUGAUUGGAUUUCGAAGUCCUUGAAGAUCCUUUCAUUUCUUACCUCGUACUUGACAAUCGGAUUAUCCGUGUUUGUAGUAGCAGAAAUAAUUUGGACAUAUUUGAAGGAGAAGUUCACUAAUGCGAUCGUUCAGAACUAUGGCGAGUUCAUUUGCCGAGGUAUUCUGCUGAUUUUCUCAUGUGCAUUCACGAUUUUGAUCCCAGAGUUCCAACUGCUGAUAUCAUUGACAGGAUGUUUUGGAGCAAAUUAUGCAACACUUGUCGUUCCGUUUGUCAUUAAGAUGUUGAUGUUGUAUAACGACGAGGGGUCUUUGUUACCUGUGGACAAACUGAAAAGGAAACUGACACUUUUCUGCUGUUUAGUGAUACUCCUGGUUGGCAUAUACUCGGUGGUUGCGGGGACGUGUGCUGCUGUAUACAUGGCUGUUUGGCAUAUCGUUCUGUAA